UUUCUUUUAACUUGGAUGUGUAGGGAAUGGUGCGAGGAUGACAGUCGAUCACGUCGAUCACGAAAUCGUUUGCCGCUCACUCAAGAAGCCAUUAAAAUGCUUAUCAAUCCAUUCCACCUUUUCCAGUUUUUCCUCUGUGGAUUUCUAUUUUUUAUACACACAGCCGAAGGUCAAAAUGAACUACUAGGUUACGUUGGCGGGCAACUAUAUAUACCAUGUGUAAAUGCCAUACAAGCCAAGUAUAUCUCUCUCAAAGUAAAAAAUAUAGAAUUACAGAAUUUUGAUUUAAAAAAUAAUAAACUCUAUUGUGUUGAGAGCAAUCCAUACCACAACAAAUGCGCCACGCAAAUGAACGGAACCCUUCGAAUGGGUAACUUGGUUAUGUUCAUGGUGAAAGAGGCAUGGAAGGAACUGGAUGGGAAAUCAUGCCAGUGCUUCGUCAGAUAUAACGGUUACAAUAAAGAUGUUCCUGGACAAAUGAGGACUAUUAGACUUCAAGAUCGAAAUUCAACGGAAACAGAAACCCCAACAAAUGUUCCCAAGUCAGUUACUGCUCCAGAUACAGGAAAAGGCAAUGUGUCAUCCCCAAAUGUUACAGCCAAAAAAGAUAAUACGAAAACAUUUUCCAGUGGAGUUGGGGUGGGAGCUUUUUUCGGUGGCUUUUUUCUUUGCUUUCUGGUAUUAGUUCCUGUUUCUUUCCUGGCUAUUCGUUUAUAUAUAAAGUAUUAUAAACCUUCGAACGGGAACAUCCCUUCACAAGAUUAAAACCAGAAUGGAAAUGUAGCCAGAGAUUCCAGUGCAACGCAAGGUGAAGAUGUGCCAUUACAGAGGAUCGGGGAAUCAGACAAUUGUUAGUUCGUUAAAUGGAGGGUUUUCACGUGACGUCACUGCCGCCAUCUUGGUGUACCAAAACAAUACAUUUUCUAACCUCUGGGAAUGGAACUCUACUUUUAUGCGAACGCUAUGCAGAAAGUUUCUAUUGUUUUGUACACCAAUAUGGCUGCCUUAUCACUUGAGCGAAAACGUUUAAAUCAUAGAAUUACUUAAUUUUCACGAGAUAUUGUAAAUUAUCAAGGGACGAUCGGAGCCAUGUAAUGAACCUAUAGAAGCCGAAAGCUGCGGAUAAAACAGCCGAGAUGUUGAGAAUUUACAAUAUUAUGCGAAAAACCAAAUUCAAUAAUUGUUUUUACGAAA